AUGAACCCCAAUGGCCAUAUUUUCUUCACAACUUCUCUACUCUUCACAGCCCAAAAAUUGAGAGAGCUUUCUUCUUAUUCUAUUCAAAAUGGCCUCUUCUGAACUUGAAGUGAAGCCAAUCAUAGUCAUUGACGAUGAUAAUAUUCCACGAUUCUCAGGAAUCAUCGAUUCCAAUUCUCCUCUCGAGAAAGAGAAACCAGCGAAGGUUAAAAUCGAGCAGCGUCUAUGUAAAGUUAGAGAUAAUGAUAGUGAUGAUAAAAGAGUGGUGCUUGAUGAGCCAAAUUUUAUUGAUAUUGCUGAUUUUGAUUCGCCGUUGAAGGUUAAAAUCGAAGGCAGGCAACGUCUAUCUAUUGUUUCAACUCGAGAUAAUGAUAGUGAUGAUAGAAGAGUGUUGCUUGAUGAGUCAAAUAUUGUUGAUAUUGCUGAUUUUGAUUUGCCAUCGAAGGUUAAAAUCGAAGGCGGGCUGAGUCUAUCUACCGGUUCAACUCAAGAAAAUAAUAGUGAUGUUAAAAGAGUGGUGCUUGAUAAGCCAAAUUUUGUUGAUAUUGCUGAAUUUGAUUCGCCAUUGAAGGUUAAAAUUGAAGGUAGGCAGAGUCUAUCUAUCAUUUCAACCCGAGAUGAUGAUAGUGAUGAUAGAAGAAUGGUGCUUGAUGAGCCAAAUUUUGUUGAUAUUGCUGAAUUUGAUUCGCCAUUGAAGGUUAAAACCGAAGGCAGGCGGAGUCUAUCUAUUGUUCCAACUCGAGAUAAUGACAGAAAUGACAGAAGAAUGGUGCUUCAUGAGCCAAAUUUUGUUGAUAUUGCUGAAUUUGAUUUGCCAUUGAAGGUUAAAACCGAAGGCAGGCAGAGUCUAUCUAUCAUUUCAACCCUAGAUGAUGAUAGUGAUGAUAGAAGAAUGGUGCUUGAUGAGCCAAAUUUUGUUGAUAUCGCUGAAUUUGAUUCGCCAUUGAAGGUUAAAACCUAAGGCAGGCGAAGUCUAUCUAUUGUUUCAACUCGAGAUAAUGAUAGUAAUGACAGAAGAAUGGUGCUUGAUGAGCCAAAUUUUGUUGAUAUUGCUGAAUUUGAUUCGCCAUUGAAGGUUAAAACCGAAGGCAGGCAGAGUCUAGCUAUUGUUUCAACCCAAGAUGAUGAUAGAAGAAUGGUGCUUGAUGAGCCAAAUUUUGUUGAUAUUGCUGAAUUUGAUUUGCUAUUGAAGGUUAAAACCGAAGGCAGGCGAAGUCUAUCUAUUGUUUCAACUCGAGAUGAUGAUAGAAGAGCGGUGCUUGAUGAGCCAAAUUUUGUUGAUAUUCCUGAAUUUGAUUCGCCAUUGAAGGUUAAAAUCAAAGGCAGGCGGCAUCUAUCUAUUGUUUCAACUCGAGAUAAUGAUAGUGAUGAUAGAAGAGCGCUGCUUGAUGAGCCGAAUUUUGUUGAUAUUGCUGAAUUUGAUUCGCCAUUGAAGGUUAAAAUUGAAGGUAGGCGGAGUCUAUCUAUUGUUUCAACUCAAGAUAAUGAUAGUGAUGAUAGAAGAACGGUGCUUGAUGAGCCAAAUUUUGUUGAUGUUGCUGAUUUUGAUUCGCCACAGCCCAAACAUGUUGUUAAGGGUGGUCAUGAGAAUGGUGGUGGGAAUGAGAAUAAGGAUGUCCUCAAUGACUUAUUAUUGUUUUAUUGGAUUGUUUUUUUGAAUGUCUUUGUAGAGAAAAAGAAGCCAAUGAAGGUUAAGACUGAAGGCAGGCAGUGUCUAUCUAAAGUUUCAACUCAAGACAAUGAUAGUGCUGAUAAUAAACCAGUGCUUAGUGAGCCAAAUUUUGUUGAUGUUGCUGAUUUUGAUUUGCCACCGCCCAAAAAUGUUAUUGAGGGUGGUUGUGAGAAUGGGGUUGGGAAUGAGAUUAAGGAUAUUCUCAAUGUCUUAUUAUUGUUUUUUUGGAGUAUUUUUUUGAAUGUCUUUGUAGAGAAAGAGAAGCUAACGAAGGUUAAAAUCGAAGGCAAGCAGCGUCUAUGUAAAGUUUUAACUCUUGAUAAUGAUAGUGAUGAUAAAAGAGUGGUGCUCGAUGAGCCAGAUUUUGUUGAUGUUGCUGAUUUAGAUUUUCCCCCACCCAAAAAUGUUGUUGAGAGUGGUGGUGAGAACGAGAUUAAGGAUAUUCUCAAUGACUUAGGUGGUACGUGUGAUUUUUUGUCCAUUGAGAAGAAGCGUGCUCUGAAGAGGAUUGGCCCAAGUGAGGAUUGUGUGAAAUUGGUGAAAAAUAGAAAAAUGAGUGAAGUGGAGAAAGCUGAUUUGCCAGAAUAUCCAAGUGUGGGGUCUUUGUUUCUUGCAUCUGACAUGUUGGAUCCCUCCUUGGACGUGAUUAAGACGCUCGAGAAUGUUGUAGAAGAGCAGGAGGAAAAAAGUGAUUUGUGGAAUGUUUCUACAGGUAAUGGGGUACAUAAAGUGAAUAACAUUGAUGAAAGGCUAAAUAGAAAUGAACCCAAAAAUUUAUUUUCUAAGGGACUGCCUUUUAUGUCUGAAGUCAAAGAAGAGGAGGUUAAUUAUUUGCAUAUUGACAUAGAGGAUGAUGAUGAUGAUGAGAAUGAUUGUGUUGCUUUGAGUGGCAAGAGAAUGAUUAAGGAGGUGGAGAGGAAAGGCAGUAAGUCCAAAGACGAGUAUGAUGAUUCUGAUGGAGUUAAUGUAUUGGAUGAUUUUGUUGCAGAGAAUGACAAUUCUAUUACUAUGAAUUCCCCAAAUUCUACUUCCAAAUUUCCUUAUAAGAUUGCCAAAAUGUUGUAUCCAAAUCAGUGUGAUGGGUUAAGGUUGCCUGAAUAUGUGAGUGCAGGGUCUUCGUUUCCACCUGCAUUUGACACAUUGGAAUCCUCAUUUGACUUGAUUAAGAGGGCUGAAGGUAGGGUUGAGAAUGUUGUAAAAGAACAAGAGAAGAAGAGUGACUUGUGCAAUAUUUUUGAAGGUAAUAAGGUGCAUGGAGUGAAGAACGAUAGUGAAAGGCUAAAUAGAAAUGAACCCAAAAAGGAAGGUGAGAACUUAAUCUAUAAGAGAUUGCCUUUUGCAUUUGAAGUUGAAAAGGAGGACUAUACUCAUUUUCAUAUUGACUCGGAGGAUGAUGAGGAUGAUUGUUUUGUUUUGACUGGCAAGAGAAUGGUUAAGGAGGUCCAGAGACAAGAGACUAAGUCCAAAGACGAGUGUGCUGAUUCAGAUGGUUUUAAUGUGUUGGAUGAUUAUACAGAUGGUUUUGUUGAAAAGAAUGACAGUGAUAUUACUUUGAAUGGCCCAAAAUCUACUUGCAAGUUGCCUGGUAAAAUUGCCAAAAUGCAGUAUCCUCAUCAGUGUGAUGGGUUAAGGAUGCGUGAAUAUGUGAGUGCAGGGUCUUCAUUUCUGCCUACAUCUGACAUGUUGGAUUCCUCAUCAAACGUGAUUAAGAAAGUUGAGGGUAGGGUUAGGAAUGUUGUAGAAAAGCAGAAGGGAAAGAGUGAUUUGUUGAAUGUUUUUGAAGUUAAUCGGGUACUUGGAGUGAAGAACGAGGGUGAAAGGCUAAAAAUAAAUGAACCCAAGAAGGUGGAUGAGAAAUUAAUGUCUAAGGGACAGCCUUUUGUGUCUAAAGUUAAGGAAGAGGAGGUUAAUUAUUUGCAUAUUGACUCCAAGGGUGAUAAGUUUGUAGGUAGGGUACUUGGGACAAAGAAACACGGUGAAGAAUAUAAGCCUCAACCUGAAAGGGUGGAUAAGAAGUUAGUGCCUAUUGAACAAUCUCUUGUGUCUAAAGUUGAAGAGAGAAUGGAUGAUGAUGAUGAGGAUGCUUGUGUUAUUUUAAGUGGCAAGAGAACUGUUAAAGAUGUAAAGAGGGAAGGGAGUAAAUGCAAAGAGGAGUAUGAUGAUUUGGAUGGUGUUGAUGUGUUGGAUGAUUACACAGAUGAUUCUGUUGCAGAGAAUGACUGUUCUAUAACUUUGGAUGGCCCAAAAUCUACUUACAAGUUGCCUGGUAAGAUAGCCAAAAUGCUGUACCCACAUCAGUGUGAUGGGUUAAGAUGGCUCUGGUCUUUGCAUUGUCAGGGUAAGGGUGGAAUCCUAGGGGAUGACAUGGGUCUGGGCAAGACAAUGCAGAUUUGUGGCUUCUUAGCUGGAUUAUUUCAUUCGCGUUUGAUUAAUAGGGUAUUGGUUGUGGCCCCAAAAACAUUACUGCCCCAUUGGAUCAAAGAAUUAUCAGUUGUGGGGCUCUAUGAUAACAUAAGAGAAUACUAUGGGGCUUGUCCAAAAGCUCGACAGUAUGAGCUCCAGUAUAUACUUCAGGACAAAGGUGUUCUUCUCACAACUUAUGAUAUUGUACGGAACAACUCAAAAUCUUUACGGGGAGGCUAUGACUUUGAUGAUGAGGGAAGUGAAGAUAGUGUCACAUGGGAUUAUAUGAUACUUGAUGAGGGGCAUUUUAUAAAGAAUCCUAGUACACAAAGAGCCAAAAGUUUGCUUGAGAUACCAAGUGCUCAUCGUAUUAUCAUUAGCGGCACACCAUUGCAAAACAAUCUGAAGGAGUUGUGGGCCUUGGUCAAUUUCUGUUGUCCUGACCUGCUGGGUGACAAUAAAUGGUUCAAGGAAAAAUUUGAGUGUGCCAUUCUUCGUGGAAAUGAAAAGGAGGCUUCUGAUACAGAAAAGCAUAUUGGUUCUGAAGUUGCAAAGGAGCUCAGAGAACAUAUUCAACCUUAUUUUUUGCGUCGCUUAAAAAAUGAGGUAUUUGAUGAAGAAGAUUCCAAAACAAUUGCCAAACUUUCUAAGAAGAAUGAGGUCAUUGUGUGGCUAAGAUUAAACAGUUGCCAGAGACAACUUUAUGAAACUUUUCUGAAGAGUGAGCUGGUUCUUUCAGCCUUUGGUGGCUCACCGCUGGCUGCAAUUACGAUUCUGAAGAAAAUAUGUGAUGAUCCACUUCUCUUGACAAAGAGAGCUGCUGCAGAUGUCUUGGAAGGAAUGGAAUCAAUGCUAAAACCAGAAGAUGUUCAUGUGGCUGAAAAAUUGGCAAUGCACAUAGCUGAUGUCGCUGAUACAGAUGACUUGGAAGAGAAGCAUGACAGUGUCUCGUGCAAAAUAUCUUUCAUAUUGUCUUUAUUGGAUAACUUGAUACAAGAAGGCCGUUGUGUUCUUAUCUUUUCCCAAACCCGUAAGAUGCUUAAUCUUAUCCAGAAUUCAAUAGUAUCCAAAGGUUACGAGUUCUUGCGCAUUGAUGGUACCACAAAAGCUGGUGAUAGAGUAAAGAUUGUUAAUGAUUUCCAAAAAGGUGUUGGAGCUUCCAUAUUUCUUUUGACAUCUCGAGUUGGUGGUCUAGGCCUUACACUAACAAGAGCAGACCGUGUGAUUGUAGUUGAUCCUGCUUGGAACCCCAGUACGGAUAACCAAAGUGUUGAUCGUGCUUAUCGAAUUGGGAAAACAAAGGAUGUCAUUGUAUAUAGAUUAAUGACAUGUGGAACUGUUGAAGAAAAGAUAUAUAGGAAGCAGAUAUUCAAAGGAGGAUUGUUCAAAACUGCAACUGAGCACAAAGAACAAAUUCGGUACUUUAGCAAGCAGGAUCUUCGGGAUCUUUUUAGUCUCCCAGAACAGGGGUUUGAUGUCUCUGUUACCCAGAAGCAGUUACACAAAGAGCAUGAUUGCCAUCACAUAAUGGAUGACCAUUUGAAAGCUCAUAUAGAGUUCUUGCAAACUCAAGGUAUAGCAGGAGUUAGUCACCACAGUUUACUCUUCUCCAAGACAGAACCUAUACAAGUUGUAAAGGAAGAAGAGGAAGUGACAGCACCUGUACAAGUUGUAAAGGAAGAAGAUGAAGAGAUUAGCAAAAAAGGGACUACGUUUGUAGGAUGUUUGCCAUCAAGUUCUUCGCUUGAAUGUAUUGUUGAUGGUGCUGCAUAUGAUUUCAAGCCAAAGGAUGUAAGCAUGAACAAGAAACGCUGUUCCCUUGACAGUGGGAGUAAUCUGACGAAAUUUGAAAUUGAAGAGAAAAUCAAUUGUCUAUCUCAAAAGCUUGCAAAUAAGGGCAUGGUUUCCAGAUUACCAGACAAGGGAGAAAAAUUACAAAAGCAGAUUGCUCAACCAAAUUUUGGGCUCUUUAAAAUUAGAAAAACAGAAAGAACUGAGAACACAGUUAUCGAUUUAGAUGAUUAACUGAGGAGCUUAGAUCAUUUUUGCUGAUUAAAUAAACAUAAACUUUUGAAAAAAUUAGUUGUAUAUGUUUUUUUUGUAGGGUUGAUCGAUAAUAUUUGAUUUGUGGUAUACUUGGUGUAACUCUUUGCAAUAUUACACCACUCCAUAAAUUUUUAGUAGAUUAAUAUUUUGAGAAUUCUG